AUUUUUCAUAGUUGUAGGCAUCUCCAUAGUUCUGUGCCUUUGCCCUGUCCCUGGGACUUUUCUUGGAAGAAAGACUGGGGCUUGAGACUGAGACUCUAUUAUGGACAUCAUUGCUGUGUUACCUUUUGGUAGUACUUUUGGAUUCGGAUUACUCACAGGAGGAGGUUUGAUCUACAGAAUCCAUCCCGAAUGGAUCGCAAUGUUGAGAUGUUUAUGAACAUUGAAAAAACAUUAGUGCAGAGCAAUUGUCUGACCAGACCUAAUAUCUACCUCAUUCCAGACAUUGAUCUGAAGUUGGCCAACAAAUUGAAAGACAUCAUCAAAAGACAUCAGGGGACAUUUACUGAUGAAAAGUCUAAAGCUUCCCACCACAUUUAUCCAUAUCCUUCCUCACAAGAGGAUGAAGAAUGGUUGAGACCAGUGAUGAAAAAAGACAAGCAAGUGUUAGUGCAUUGGGGGUUUUACCCAGACAGUUAUGAUACUUGGGUCCACAGUAAUGAUGUUGAUGCAGAAAUCGAAGAUCCACCAAUUCCAGAAAAACCGUGGAAGGUUCAUGCGAAAUGGAUUUUGGACACUGAUGUUUUCAAUGAAUGGAUGAAUGAGGAGGAUUAUGAGGUGGAUGAGAACAGAAAGCCUGUGAGUUUUCGUCAGCGAAUUUCAACAAAGAAUGAAGAGCCAGUCAGAAGUCCAGAAAGAAGAGAUAGAAAAGCAUCAGCUAAUGCUCGAAAGAGGAAACAUUCACCUUCUCCUCCACCUCCCACACCCACAGAAUCACGGAAGAAGAGUGGGAAGAAAGGGCAAGCUAGUCUAUAUGGGAAGCGCAGAAGUCAGAAAGAGGAAGAUGAACAAGAAGAUCUUACCAAGGACAUGGAAGACCCAACACCUGUACCCAACAUAGAGGAAGUUGUGCUUCCAAAAAAUGUAAACCCAAAGAAAGAUAGUGAAAAUACACCUGUUAAAGGAGGAACUGUAGCAGAUCUAGAUGAGCAAGAUGAAGAAACUGUCACAACAGGAGGAAAGGAAGAUGAAGAUCCUAGCAAAGGUGAUCAGAGCCGGUCGAUUGACCCUGGUGAAGAUAAUGUGACAGAGCAAACCAAUCACAUUAUUAUUCCUAGCUAUGCAUCAUGGUUUGACUAUAACUGUAUUCAUGUGAUUGAACGGCGAGCCCUUCCUGAGUUUUUCAAUGGAAAAAACAAAUCCAAGACUCCAGAAAUAUACUUGGCAUAUCGGAAUUUUAUGAUUGACACAUACCGCCUAAACCCCCAAGAAUAUUUAACCAGCACAGCUUGUCGGAGAAACUUGACUGGAGAUGUAUGUGCUGUGAUGAGGGUUCAUGCCUUUUUAGAGCAGUGGGGUCUUGUUAAUUACCAAGUGGAUCCAGAAAGUCGUCCCAUGGCAAUGGGACCUCCUCCUACUCCUCAUUUCAAUGUGUUAGCUGAUACCCCUUCUGGACUUGUGCCUCUACAUCUUCGAUCACCUCAGGUCCCUGCUGCUCAGCAGAUGUUAAAUUUUCCUGAGAAGAACAAAGAAAAACCAAUUGAUUUACAGAACUUUGGUCUCCGUACUGAUAUUUAUUCCAAGAAAACCUUAGCAAAGAGUAAAGGUGCUAGUGCUGGAAGAGAAUGGACUGAACAGGAGACCCUUCUUCUCUUGGAGGCCCUGGAGAUGUACAAAGAUGAUUGGAACAAAGUGUCAGAACAUGUUGGAAGUCGUACCCAAGACGAAUGCAUCCUCCACUUCUUGAGGCUUCCCAUUGAGGACCCAUAUCUUGAGAAUUCAGAUGCUUCCCUUGGACCCCUGGCUUACCAACCUGUCCCCUUCAGUCAGUCAGGAAACCCAGUCAUGAGCACUGUUGCUUUUUUGGCAUCUGUUGUAGACCCUCGUGUGGCAUCUGCUGCAGCAAAAGCAGCUCUGGAGGAGUUUUCACGGGUCCGUGAGGAGGUGCCACUGGAAUUGGUUGAAGCUCAUGUCAAGAAAGUACAAGAAGCAGCACGAGCCUCUGGGAAAGUGGAUCCCACAUAUGGUCUGGAGAGUAGCUGCAUUGCAGGCACAGGACCUGAUGAACCAGAGAAACUUGAAGGAGCUGACGAAGAAAAAAUGGAAACAGAUACUGAUGGUCAUCAGCCUGAAAAGGCAGAAAACAAAGGAGAAAAUGAGACAGAUGAAGGUGAUAAAACACAAGAAGGAGAAAAUGAAAAAAAUGGUGAGAAGGAGCAAGAUAGUGAAGUUAGUGAGGAUGCCAAAUCAGAAGAAAAGGAGACUGAAGAGAACAAGGAACUCACUGAUACUUGUAAAGAAAGAGAAAGUGAUAUUGGGAAGAAGAAAGUAGAACAUGAAAUUUCUGAAGGAAAUGUAGCCACAGCCGCAGCAGCUGCUCUUGCCUCAGCUGCAACCAAAGCCAAGCACCUGGCUGCCGUGGAAGAGAGAAAAAUUAAGUCUCUGGUAGCUCUCCUUGUUGAGACUCAAAUGAAGAAACUGGAGAUCAAACUUCGACAUUUUGAGGAACUGGAAACUAUAAUGGACAGAGAAAAAGAAGCUUUAGAACAACAGAGGCAACAGUUGCUUACUGAACGCCAGAACUUCCACAUGGAACAGCUGAAAUAUGCUGAAUUGCGAGCCCGGCAGCAAAUGGAACAGCAGCAGCACGGACAGAACCCUCAACAGACACACCAGCACUCAGGAGGACCUGGCCUGGCCCCACUUGGACCAGCAGGACACCCAGGCAUGAUGCCUCAUCAGCAGCCCCCUCCCUACCCUCUGAUGCACCACCAGAUGCCACCACCUCAUCCACCCCAGCCAGGUCAAAUACCAGGACCAGGUUCCAUGAUGCCUGGUCAGCCUAUGCCAGGUCGCAUGCUUCCCACUGUUGCAGCCAACAUCCAUCCCUCUGGGAGUGGCCCUGCCCCUCCUGGUAUGCCUCCAAUGCCAGGAAACAUCUUAGGACCCCGGGUACCCCUUACGGCACCUAAUGGCAUGUAUCCCCCUCCACCGCAGCAGCAGCCACCACCACCACCACCUGCAGAUGGAGUCCCUCCGCCUCCUGCUCCAGGCCCACCAGCCUCAGCCGCUCCCUAGCCUGGAAGAUGCAGGGACCAUCCACCCAGCACCACCAGCUGGAGUGGAGAUGACAAGACUUGUGUUCCUCAGCUUACUUGGGUUUCUUUCAGGAUUUUUCUCUCACAGCCCCAAGCAUCCUAAAUCUCCCCAUUCCUCUUGCCACCCCUCUCCAUGUUUUGACACCUUUUGUGGUAGUUCCUCAGCCAGCACCCUGGGGGAGCCUGUGGUGAUGGGUAUGCCCAGGUCAUAUUAAAAAUAACCUGUUCACCCCUGUCAUGGUAUGGAGGGUGGGGUGGUACUCUAACAGUUUAUCUGCAGGUCCUGUCAACAUUUUAGUAUUCUAUGUCUUUGUCAUUUUGCUCUCCUGCAGUUUUUGCCUUUAUGCUUCUAUGGAUAAUACUUUAUAGUCAGUAUCUUUUUUCUUUUGAAUUUAUUGCUUUAAAGGAGUGCAACCUAAGUUAGUAAGAACCAAAAAAUGGUGAUGGGCAGAGGGGAUAGCCAGAGGAGACAAACCUUAAGGCAUUAUAAGUGACCUUAUUUCUGCUUAUCUGAGCUAAGAAUGGUGCUGAUGGUAAAGUUUCAUGAGACUUGCCACACAUAGAUGCACCAGAAGUAAAAGAGAUAGGGAAAGGGACCCCACCGAUUUUAUCCCUAGUGAUGAUGCAGGACCUCCACCCUGCCUGGCUGAAUAUACUCCUCUAGUACAUGAUAGGGGAGAGCACAAGCAUUAGAACAGACCCACUCUGUCCUUCCUCGGGCCCACUGGUUCUGGUUUUCUAUGCAGAUGGUUUGUUGGAUUGGGAGCGAGUGUUUUUCUGAGGUCAGUGUAAGCUUUCAGGGCUGGGAUUUGGGGAAGUGUUCCCUAGUUACCUAGACCAGCCAGAAAACUUUAAGGAAUGGCUACCCAAUUAAUCUUGCCUACUAUUCACUGCUUUGAGUGCAUUCUUUUAUCUCCCUCUUUAAAAAUCCUCUUAAAAGGAAAAAAAAAAAAAAAGUAGUUCUAAAUAUUUUAGCUCAUGGAACUUGGUUAGGAUGGCUAUGGGUACAAAUCCCCAAACUACCUCUUGCAGUAGCCAGGGUGAACAGAAGUUAGUGAAGCGGUACUUUAGCUUUGGGGUGGGGUUGGAGAAGGAGGGCAGGAUCAACAGCCUGUAGUACCUUCUCCCUUCCCUUUCUGAGAUCAUGCAUUCCAUCUAUCAUGGUGUUGUCAAGGCAAUGCUGAGGUACCACGGGACUCACUUGGCAGACAAAGCACCAUGCUCUGAGGGUUAGGGUGCUCUGACUGGGAGAGUGGAAUACUGUUCCAGAGAGCCACAAAAAUGCCUUAAUUUGAACCCAUUUCCACCCCUGCUAAUGAGUGAUUUGAAAGUUCUUGGGUUUCUCCUCUUGUCCUUCUUCCCUCCCCUCUACCUUCCAGGUGGGAAAAGAGUGUUUUUGGUAGAGCUUAAUUUCCAAAGCACCUGCCCUCUUCACAUAAUCUUAAAAGGUAGUUUCAUUAUUUAGAGUACAAGGUGAACACCUUUUGAAUUUCUUUUCCUAUAUAUAUUCUAUAAAGCUUUACAUAUGAGAGGGUGUAGGGAGGUGUUUGUAAAAACACCUUAGAACUUUUUUCCUUAUUAUAAGAAAGCAAAAAAAUAGAACCACAAUUAAGAUUUGCCUUUCAAACCCUCAGGUGUUGCCUCUAACCAGGUGGCCCUGGUCACCAUCAGAGUACUGGAACCACGGAGACCUUGUUCCCUUUGUGUAUGUGUUCUGGACUCUUGGAGUGGAAAUGAGCUUGUUCCUACUGGAGUUGAGUUCCAAUUCAUUUGCCUCCAACAAGACCCCAGUGCCUUUUGACAAUGGCCAGGGUUUUCCUUAUUUCCUACCAGUCUUUCCCAAAGGAAACUCAUUCCAAAUACCUUUUCCACUGGGGUCUUAGAAGGAAAAUGGAAUUCUGGUUCAUUCUGUGGUCCCUUGUAACCUCAGGUCUUUAAUGUGAUCAAUUUCAAAUUUAAAAGAUCCAGAUGGAAAUAUUUUUACUAUGCUGGUAAUCUACGAAAUACCUGAAUUCUUAACACUGUAUUUCCGUAUAAGUGGUGACUUUUUGUUUUCAUGUCUUUGAUCUGGUUUUGUUCCUGUAAUACAGCCACCCAAUUUUGUGAGGCGGGGGUGGGGGAUGGGGGUGGGGAUAAUAUGUGUUUUUUGUACAAAUGUGUUUCUCAUUGUGUUAUUUUGGAAAAAUGAAGGGAGUUUUGAGAUAUUGGAGGAAAUUGAUCAAGAAGACCAAAUCUCCCUCUUUUUCACUGAAUAAAUAGAGCAUCAUUUCUGGAUUCUA